CGAUUAUAAUAAUAUAAUAUAUUUUUAAAAACAUAUUUAAAUAUAUUAUAUGUUUUAUAUAAAUAUUAGGGCUGUGAAACGAUUACAAUUUUUAAUCGGGUUAAUCACAGGUUUCUGUGGAUUAAUCAUGAUUAAUCACAUGUAUACAUUUACAGGGCUCUCAAGACAGGCAAGAGCUCAGAGAAGAGUUGUUGACAGGGGCGGGGGGGGUGCAAGUGACUUUUUUUCGUCCCGAUGUGCGCGCACACGCCGGCAUCCGAGCUCUGCGGCGCGCGAGACGGAGAUCGGAGUCGUGUUAACACUAGAGACAGAAUGACAUGCUGCUGGUUCGAGACGACCAACAACAGACGGAUUGGAAGCUCAUUCUGCACAUGCGUUAAAUGCGUUUAAAAAAAACCUAGUUAAUCCUGUAAUUUAAUUAACUGAGUUAACGCGUUAUUUUUCACAGCACUAAUAUAUAUAUAUAAGUAUUAUUAUAUUGUAACACAAUAAUCCAAUUAUAUAAAUAUAUAUUACUCUGAAAUAUGUAAUCACUGUAUAAAUGUACUCCCACUAUACUGCAUGUGAUGGUGGUUGACUUUGACCCUUCAGACCCUCCAUUUGUACUAAGUACUCCAGUGUUGUACUUGUACUUAAUUAUACAUGAAAAGUAUUUUAAAAAAGGAAAGUUAUGCAAUAUUCGGUUCAGCUUCAGUUCGUGCAGUGUUGCGCAACAGAAUAUUAACGACUCGCUGUGUCCAUAGAUCUCAGGCUCUCACUUCCUUUCAAAAAAGCUUGUGUGUGAUAUUGAGACUACACACACACACACACACACACACACACAUUGUGUUUAGGAACAUGCACAAUGUCAUCGUGAUAACAACUGACUCAUUGAAAGCUAGAUUCAAGGAUUGAAUAAGUCUGACGUCAUCAGCGGCCUUCAAACAAAACAAAACUCUGAGCAGGAGAUAAUAUAUAAAACUAUUUAUUAACCAGGUGCUGUUGGUUUGUUGUUUUUAAAAUGUGUUUUACAGAUUACAUGUCAAAGGCUCAUGCACAGAAAGUACUCAAAGAAACCAGAAACACACAAUCCAGGAAAACCACGUCGCACUAACUUCCUGUUUUAUAAUAAAUAAAUAAGUUACGAGUGUCACGUUGACAUCAAUUAAAAAUGCUUUAUUCAUGACAUGACGAUACUAUAAUACAAUUUAGACUUUUAGAGGGAAUAAUAUUAAUAAUAUUAAUGAUAAAAAGUUGUCCAGAUUAUUUGAGCCAACAGAAACUAUGAACAUAAACUAAAUGAGAUAUAAUUGAGGCAGGUGAUCACAGACACAUACAGGGAACACUGACUGUCAGUUCUGCCAACAGACAGGAAGAGACAGAGACUUCCGGCAGGAAGCUGUUUCUUUCUGUCAAAAUAAAAGUCAAAUAAUAGUUUAACACUGUUUCAGACCAAAUGUAUGGUUAAUUAUUUUCUAUGAUUCUCAUCAAUGCUCUAUUGCAUUGCCUCUAUAUAUACUCUUUUUUAUAUAUAUAUUACUUUCAUUUGUUAUUUAUUUGUAUCCACAACAAACAAAAAAUGUGUAUUUAAAAAAAUGGAGAAACAACAAAAAUAAGCAGUUUAUGUUCAUAUGCUAAACGAUCAUCUAAUAUAGCUCUGCAGAGAUUUUCUAAAACUUAUUUGAUUUAAUGAUAAUGCGCCUUUUAUUUUUACGGCGUGAGCGGAAGUGGGUUUUUUUCACGAUUGCAGCCGUGAUGCAGCCGCUGCCACCGUGUACCGAGCUGACAGCAGCCGGGAUGACACACACACACACACACACACACACACACACUGCUGCUCUAUAAAGCAGGACACGCACACACACACACCGAGCAGGUUGGACAAUGGGCGUCAUCAUCUCUCACCUCUUCUCCAGGUUCAUCUCCAAGACACCUGUCAGGAUUUUAAUGGUGGGUCUGGAUGCAGCCGGUAACACCACCCUGCUGUACAGACUGAAGCUGGCCGAGGUCGUCACCACCAUCCCAACCAUCGGUUUUAAUGUGGAGACGGUGGAGUACAAGAACAUCAGCUUCACAGUUUGGGAUGUUGGAGGUCAGACAGUCAUCAGACCUCUGUGGAGACAUUACUUCACCAACACACAGUUUCCUCUUCAGGGUCUGAUCUUCGUCGUCGACAGCAACGACCCCGAGAGGAUCAAAGACGCGGCCGACGAGCUUCACCUGAUGUUGGACGAGGACAAAAUGAGGGGCGUGGCCAUGCUGGUGUUUGCCAACAAACAGGAUUUGCCCAGAGCCAUGUCUGUCAGUGACAUCACAGACGGUCUGGGCCUAUCAGGAGUCUCGCAGCCGGUAGGUGUCCGUGUGUACCCACAAUGCAAUGCUGUGGUGGAGAGUAACUCUCUGCUUCAUGUGUUAAAGCUGCAUUCUCUCUUCUGACCACCAGGGGGUGACUCCUCUGGUUGUAUAGAAGUCUAUGCUUUAUGUGUUAAAGCUGCAUUCUCUCUUCUGACCACCAGGGGGAGACUCCUCUGGUUGUAUAGAAGUCUAUGCUUUAUGUGUUAAAGCUGCAUUGUCUCUAGAUAACGUAUUGAUCGUGAAAUCAACUGCACCGAUCGAUCAGAUUUUCAUAUUUUAUUUUAUUCGAUUCAGUUCAUCUGUUUGCUGUCUUUGAUUUUAUACUCUAAGUAAACAUAUAUUUAAAUUAACUAUAUAUUUGUAUCAGCUUUUUAUAAUGACCUGACCAUUUUUUUGAAACUGUAUAAAUAUAUAUAUUUUCUUUU